AUGUUGACUUUUACUAUACCUACGGUUGCGGCGAUUAAUGGCCAUGCUUUUGCUGGUGGUUGUAUGUUAGCUUUAGCACAUGAUUACCGUGUUAUGAGAAAUGAUCGAGGAUAUAUGUGCAUGGUAGUUGAUAUUCCUUCACCUUUACAUCUAGGCAUGGCUGCGAUUGUUAGAAUUAAAAUGACACCAAAAACCUAUAGAGAUUGUAUAUUACAAGCUCAUAAAUUCAGUGCACAAGAAUGUUUAGAUCAACAAUUAGUUGAUUUGAUUGCACCACAAAAAGAAGUUUUACCUAAAGCAAAAGAAUUAGCUUUGAAAUGGUCUCCCAAAGCUCGUGCUGGUGCUAUUUAUGGUUCAAUAAAAGAAACAAUGUAUGUGGAAGCUAUUAAUCAUUUAAGUUUAAAAUAUAAAUUAUAG